GCUAAUUAUGAUUUCAUUUUAUGACUUUUUCAAUUGGGCCAAAAUGAUUCAAAAUGAAAUGUUUUUGAAAUAUGGGAUAUAUCAAUAAGUCUUUCACUGUCAGAGUUAGGUUUUGUUUUGGCAGUGCUUGUUGGAACUUUUUCCACCUUUGUUUUCAGGGGAUUACUUGUUAAUCACUUUUAGCUCUGAUAAAUUGCAUACCCAUGCACCUUGUCAAAAGAAUCUACAGUCAGAUUAUUUUACUGAGGUAACUAUUGGCAAGAGUCCAAUUUUUACAAACUCUGAAGCAAAAUCACCUUUGAAAUUUUACAUACAUAGAGUUUUGGGAUUUAGUUGGUAUUCAACUGUAUUCAGUUUUCAGGCAUUUUCUGCCUCUGUUGGCUCUAGUUCAAGGGACCUUGUUGUCCAUCAUAUAGCAUACCAUCAAAGUAAAUAUUAGAGGUACGCAUCACAGAAAUAAUCUAGAUCCAUUCUAGAUCCAUAGCUCCAAUAGAACAUACCAGAGAACUGUAAUUGAUUCAAACAAGACUAGAUGACCGUGGAUGAAGUGGGUAGUAGCUCUGAGUGGAGCAAAGAACAGGAUAAAGCAUUUGAGAAUGCCUUGGCAAUUUAUCCUGAGGAUGAUUCAGAUCGAUGGGAGAAGAUUGCAGCCGAUGUACAAGGAAAAACUUUAGAAGAGAUUAAACAUCACUAUGAGCUCUUGGUUGACGAUAUCAAUCAGAUUGAAUCUGGUUGUGUGCCUCUACCAUCUUAUAAUUCUUCUCCAGAGGGCUCAACAAGCCAUGCUGGUGAUGAAGGAGGUGGUAAGAAGAGUGGCCGUCCUUGGAAUUAUAACAGUGAGUCUAAUCAUGGAACUAAAGCUUCAAGAUCAGACCAGGAACGACGAAAGGGUAUUGCGUGGACAGAGGAAGAGCACAGGUUAUUUCUUCUUGGGUUGGAUAAGUAUGGAAAAGGUGACUGGCGAAGUAUAUCAAGGAACUUUGUGGUGACAAGAACACCUACACAAGUAGCAAGCCAUGCCCAAAAGUACUUCAUUCGUUUGAACUCGAUGAAUAAAGAUAGAAGGCGAUCCAGCAUACAUGAUAUCACUAGUGUAAACAAUGGAGACAUUUCAGCUCCUCAAGGACCAAUUACUGGUCAAACAAAUGGUUCUGCAGCAAAUUCUGCUGGGAAAUCAGCCAAACAAGCCCCACCAACCCCAACUGGAGCCCCAGGUGUAGGAAUAUAUGCUGCUCCUACCAUAGGGCAGCCUAUAGGAGGACCCCUUGUAUCUGCAGUUGGUACCCCGGUGAAUCUUCCUGCUCCGGCACACAUGGCUUAUGGUAUCCGAGCUCCGGUUCCUGGUACAGUUGUUCCUGGGGCACCAAUGAACUUGGGUCCUGUGCCAUACCCCAUGCCACAUACAUCUGCUCAUAGAUGAAGUGCUGUUCAGAGGCCUAAUGUACAAAACAAAAAGCAGACUAGAUGGCUUCUGAGCUUAAUGUAAUUCUUUUCUUAUUCCUAGAGAGUUGCUUAUAUGCAAGCAAGAGUUGUAUGUUCAAUCAAUUUAUUUCAAAUAAGCCAUACCGUGAAGCAUUCAAUGUGUCUGUAUAGGCUGCCAUGGAAUAUUUGACAGCCUUAACAUAGGACAGCAUGAAAGUAAGGUUUUGUAGACAUUUAUGUUGUUGUAGUUAGUCAUAUAAAGUGUCCCCGUGCUGCAGAGGAAGGUUCUGUGGCUUUAAAGAAUUAAGCUAUUGCUGUAUUUUGUCUCAGUUCUUGUAGGAACUAAACUUCACGUCUACCUUCCUUUAUUAUAUAGCAU